GAGUCUCCCCAAAGAUUCACCAAUGCCAAAACAAACCCCUCUGACCUCUCCUCUACUGUGACACUCUCUCUCUUCCUCCUCUCCCAAAUCUCACUCACCCCUCACCAACUCUUCUCUUUCUCUCUCAAUACCCAGAUAGCAUUUACAGGGAAAAAUGCAGAUUAAUCCACCAGAAACCCAUUCUGUGUUCUCCAUUUCUUGCUCAAUUUGUUGAGGUUUCAGUAAUUUUUCUUGGUUUUGCAGGUUGUGCUCACUAUUGUUUUUUCAAGUUUCAUGUGAGAGCUUCAAUACCCAUGUUGUUUUUUCAAGAGGCAAUGUGAGGAAACAACAGGAACUGGACCUUUUUUUUCCUCGCAUAAUGGUGGCUGUCAUUCCUCAAGCAGCUGCUACUUCCACUGAUAUUCCAAAGAGACCCCCUCUGUUACCUUCUGAGAAAGACCAACACAACAAUGGUGGUCACCAUGUUCCUGCGAGAAAACCCAGAGGAAAACAAGUCCCUUCUAGAUAUCUUUCUCCUUCUCCUUCAUCUUCUACUACCACAACAACAACAACUACUACUAGUACAAGUUCUUCUUCUUCUUCUUCGUUUUCUAAGAGAUUCCCUUCACCCUUAAUUUCACGCUCCACAAAUUCUGGUGCAGCACAUAUUCCAUCUUCCUUUUCUUCUUUUUCGGGACCCAAAAGAUCCCAAUCUGUAGAUAGAAGGCGGUCAGUGACUCCAAGGCCAACAACGCCUAACCCUGAGUCUAAACAAGGCAAUGCCACUGAAAUGUCCGUUGCAACUAGGAUGUUGAUCACUUCUACCAGGAGUUUAUCGGUUUCUUUUCAAGGGGAAGCAUUUUCACUCCCGAUUAGCAAGGCUAAGGCUGUGAGUUCUCCAAAUGUCGGUAGAAAGGCCACUCCAGAGAGGAGGAAAGCGACUCCUGUGAGAGAUCAGGGGGAGAAUUCGAGGCCUGUUGAUCAGCACAGGUGGCCGGGGAGAAGUAGAGGAGGGAAUUUGGGUUCGACGGAAAGAAAUCCGUUGUUUUCUAGGAGUUUAGAUUGUAGUGGUGGCGAGAAGAGGAUUAUGGGAUCUGGGUUGAUGAUGGUGAAGUCAUUGCAGCAAUCAAUGAUGGUUGAUGAGAGGAGAUUGAGCUUAGAUUUAGGCAAUGCUAAGCAAAGCCCAGAUGCCAAUUCGGUGAAUGAUUCUUCUCUAACUGGUGAUCUCACUGCAUCUGAUAGUGAUAGUGUUUCCUCUGGUAGCACAUCAGGGCUGCAUGAAUUAGGUGGUGGGAUUUCCAAAGGGAAAAGUGGAGCUCGUGGCAUUGCUGUAUCUGCAAGGUUUUGGCAAGAAACCAAUAGCAGAUUGAGACGGCUACAGGAUCCGGGUUCACCAUUAUCUUCUAGUCCAACUUCCAGAAUGGGCAUUUCAUCAAAAACCAUUCAAUCAAAAAGAUUUUAUAGCGAUGCUCCUUUGGCAUCUCCCAGAACAAUUGCUUCUUCACCUAUUAGGGGAGCCACGAGGCCUGCAUCGCCUAGUAAGCUUUGGACACCUUCAGCUUCAUCUCCUUCAAGAGGGAUUUCUAGCCCUUUAAGGGGGAGACCCAUAAGCAGUAAUUCUAGUAGUACACCUUCAAUUCUUAGUUUCUCUGUUGAUUUAAGGAGAGGGAAGAUUGGGGAGGACCGAAUUGUUGAUGCACAUACGUUAAGGCUUCUGUAUAACCGUUACUUGCAGUGGCGGUUUGUAAAUGCAAGGGCAGAUGCUACCUUCAUGGUGCAGAGACUAAAUGCAGAGAAAAAUUUGUGGAAUGCAUGGGUAACAAUCUCAGAACUACGGCAUUCUGUCAUUCUUAAAAGAAUCAAGUUACUGUUGCUGAGACAAAAGUUGAAGCUAACUUCUAUCCUCAAGGGACAAAUUACUUAUUUAGAAGAAUGGUCUCAUCUGGAUAGAGAUCACUCCACCUCUUUGGAAGGAGCAACUGAAGCUUUAAAGGCCAGUACUCUUCGUCUUCCAAUCGUUGGAAAAGCGAUAGCUGAUGUUCAAAAUCUAAAGGAUGCUAUUGGUUCUGCAGUCGAUGUAAUGCAAGCAAUGGCAUCCUCUGUAUGCUCACUAUCAGCAAAGGUGGAGGAAAUCAAUUCCUUGGUGGUUGAAAUUGUUAAUGUGACAGCAAAAGAAAAAUAUUUUCUUGAACAAUGUAAAGGUUUCUUGUCCACAUUGGCAGCCAUGCAGGUUAAGGACUGUAGCUUGAGAACGCAUAUAAUACAAUUAAAUCGAUUACGGACUACAAGCAAUCUGACAACACGUGUCUAGAACUGAUCUCACCUGACAACUCACUCUAAACGCUAACAUUACGACCAAACUCUUCUUUUUCCUCAGGGUGGAGAUGCACAGGAGGUAAUAAACUUGGAUUGAGAUAGCAAGUUUUGGCUUCUUAACCUUUGGAAAUCUUUUUUUGAGCCAGUUGUGGUCUUCUAUGUCGUGUUUUAUGUGUAUCUUUGUAUCUGAAAACAGAAAUUGGCAUUUUUUCCUACUAAUUUAGCUGUAUACAAAGAGAACACUCUUCUGUCAGCUUUUCAGGCAAAAGGAAAGUAAUGUAUUUGUAUAUAUAUGUGGGUGUAUAUGUGUAUAACGUUCAUGGAUUAGCUGGUAACUGAUCUUUGUUCUUAUUU